AUGCAAGAAUUAAAUUAUGACAAAGUUGCAUUACAAGAUCAAUCUGAGAGAUUAUUACAAUUAUUGACUGAUGAACAACAAGAGAUCUUCCAAUGUAUCAUUGCCUCUACAUCUUCACAUGUUGGUAACUUUUUCUUUGUAUAUGGUUAUGGAGGUACUGGUAAAACAUUUUUAUGGAAUGCUCUAACUACAACAUUGCGCUCUAAAGGGAAGAUAGUUCUUGCUAUUGCAUCAAGUGCAAUUGCAGCUACUUUGUUACCAUCAGGAAGAACUGCACACUCAAGAUUUGCAAUCCCAAUUGAUAUAAAUGAAGAUUCAGUCUGUAACAUCAGCCAGAGAUCCCCACUUGCAUAUUUGUUGCAACAAACAGAAUUAAUCAUUUGGGAUGAAGCUCCAAUGAUACGUCGCCAUUGUAUAGAAGCAUUUGAUCGCUCACUCAAAGAUAUAAUGCAUUGUGAUCUACCAUUUGGAGGGAAGUCUAUAGUCAUGGGAGGUGAUUUUCGUCAAAUUCUACCUGUAAUUCCUAAAGGUAGCAGGGCAGAUAUUGUCAAUGCAUCCAUAAGUUCUUCGUACUUGUGGAGUUAUUGCAAAAUAUAUAAAUUGAUGAAGAACAUGCGGUUGACAUCAUCUUCAUCCUCUUCUGAUCGUGAAAAAAUAGAGAAAUUCUCACAAUGGUUACUAGAUAUUGGAGAUGGCAGGGUUGGAGAAUCAAAUGAUGGCAUUGUAGAUAUUGAAAUUCCAUCAGAGAUAUUGAUUACUUCAUACAAGGAUCCUUUGGUUGCAAUUGUGUCAUCUACAUACCCAGACUUAUUGGAUAAUUUGUCCAACACAGCAUAUUUCAAUGAUCGGGCAAUCCUUGCACCAACUCUUGAGUGCGUUAACCAGAUAAAUGAAUUCAUGUGUGGUAUUUUGCCUGGUGAAUCGGUAGAAUAUUUCAGUUGUGAUUCUGUUUGCAGAUCAUCACAAGAAAGUGACUCAUUCGAGGAUCUUUACACUACUGAGUUCCUUAACACAAUUAAUAGUUCUGGUCUACCUCCUCAUAAACUUACACUCAAGAUUGGUGCACCGGUAAUGCUUCUCAGGAAUGUUGACCAAGCGUCGGGAUUAUGUAACGGUACAAGAUUGCGAAUCACAAAGCUUGGAAAAUGUGUAAUUGAAGCAGUGACACUUAAUGGUUCAAGCCCAAAUCAAAAGGUUCUUAUACAUAGGAUGGAUAUGAAUCCUUCUGAAAAUAGAUGGCCUUUCCGCAUGCAAAGAAGACAGUUCCCAAUCAUUCUUUCGUUUGCAAUGACAAUAAACAAAAGUCAAGGCCAAUCAUUGUACAAUGUUGGUCUUUAUCUGCCAAGACCAAUUUUCACACACGGCCAACUGUAUGUUGCACUUUCUAGAGUCAGAAGCAUAAAUGGGUUGAGAAUAUUGAUUCAUGACAUUGAUAAACAAGCUAAGUCAACCACUACCAAUGUGGUCUUUUAUGAGAUCUUUCAAAACCUUCAAGCUAUAAAUGCAUGA